AUGGGUCCAGCACCAACUAUUCCUGUUCAUCCAUACCUCAAUGAUAUUUAUGUUAUGAUACAAGAUGGCGACAAUCCUCAGGAGGGUGCUCCAAUGCCAUCUACUAAAUCAACAAUGCAAUAUAAUCCAAAGAUCCUAAAGGGACCAUUUGCAGGUAUUUGGUCCGUCUUUACACCCAACUGUGUAUGUCCGAUACCAAGAGCCGGUCAUUUUACUGUCCAUGAUCCGAUUAAUAAUUUAAUGUAUAUUGGCUAUGGUUUAGAUGAAAUGGAUAACUGUUUGAACGAUCUUUGGGUAUUUGAUCUCAAAACAUACAAAUGGCGCCAAAUUCCUCUCACAGGACAAGUUUUAUCUCCUCGUGUAGGAGCGCGCGCUCUUCUUUCAGGAAAUUAUCUCAUUAUUUUUGGAGGAUACUGUAACAAGGUAUACUACGCCGACUUACAUUCGAUUAAUGUCCAGACAGGUGAAGUAGCUAUGAUUGAAACGCAAGGAGAGCAGCCACCAGCACGUUCUACUCCAAUCACAACGAUGUACAACGGAAGAUACUUCAUUUGGGGCGGAUAUAACGGCCAAAUGCUCUCUACACUCCACGCAUUGGACGUCUCAACAAGAGUUUGGCAGCACUAUCCACAAGAUAUCGUAGGAAGGACAGCUAUUCCUGGAUGUCAAAUUGGCGAUAAGUUUUACGCUUACGGUAGCUCUAAAACCGGUGGUGUCAUUCGUAUUGAUCUUACAAACUGCCGCGUCGAGCUUAUUCCAACUACAGGCGCUGAGCCACCAUCAACAGUCAUGGGCGCAGGUAUGGCAAGUGUAGAAAACCUUCUCUUCUUCUUCGGCGGAAAAUCAUCUUCUAAAUGGACACUUGUUUACGCGUUUGAUGUCACCAAAGACUGGUGGUUCGUCUUCCAUGUCAUGCCUGAUGGCGAAAGUGUCUCGGUUUCCGAUGGUUCUGUCUCUGAUUUAGGUUUGUUCAUGGUUCCAAGAAUUAACGCAUUUUCUCUUGUCUACAAUGAGCCAAAGAGAGAACUUGUCGCAACAUUGGGCGAUCCUAUGAAUAAUCCACCUCAUGUUUUCAUUGUUUCUAUUGGAGAUGCCCUUGCUGUCAUACAUCAGAGAGAUGAUAUGCUUGAUAUGUUGAAAUUGCAGAGAUAA